AAGAGGCAUCUAACAAAACAAAAUUGCCAAACUGUCACCUGUUGCCAUAGCAACAAGAUUUGUUUAUUCAAUAAUUUGAGGUUAUAAAGUUCACAAUAUUCUUACAAGAUUACCAAGAAUUAAAUAAUCCAUUUUAUUCUGAAAGCAUGGAGGAAUACGAUGGUUUAGAUACUCCCCAAGUAAUAACACAUAUUGAACAUAAUAUUAACCAUUCCAUAUUUGAUUGUAAAUGGAUUCCUUGUUCAGCAAAGUUUGUUGUUAUCGGUUCUUUACCGAAAGGAACUGGUACAUUAGAAGUCUAUGAAAUUACAUCGGGUGAAAUCCGGAAGAUAAAGGAGAUAGAGAGGCCAAACUCUUUUAAAUGUGGAACGUUUGGGGCAAGCAGUGAUAUCGAAAGAAGAUUAGCAACUGGUGAUUUCAAAGGCACUUUAGAAAUAUGGGAUUUAGAGAAAUGUUGCCAAAUGUAUAUUACAAAAGAACAUACAGAUAUCAUAAAUUCUAUAGACGGAAUGGGUGGUAAUGUCAAUAACUGUGGUGCCCCUGAAAUCGUCACUGGCAGUCGUGAUGGUACAGUAAAAGUAUGGGACCCCCGCCAAAGAGGGAAACCUGUAGCAAACAUGCAACCAGUUAAAGGAGAAACAAAGAGAGACUGCUGGGCAGUCUCCUUUGGCAACUCCUUCAAUGAUGCUGAGAGGAUUGUGGUUGCUGGUUAUGACAAUGGAGACCUUAAGAUGUUUGAUUUAAGAACCAUGUCACUUCGCUGGGAAUGUAAUUUGAAAAAUGGGGUAUGCUCUACUGAAUUUGAUCGCAAAGAUAUUCCAAUGAAUAAACUGGUGGCAACUACUUUGGAGGGAAAAUUCCAUGUUUUUGAUGUAAGAACACAAAAUCCUACCAAAGGUUUUGCUCAGGUGUUAAAUAAUGAUGCAAAAAGUGGUACGAUAUGGGUGGCGCGGCACGUGCCUCAGAAUCGAGAUAUAUUUGUCACCUGUGCUGGCAAUGGUCAAGUGUCCUUGUGGAAAUAUGAAUAUCCUGAACACAGAUACCAUGUAGACCACCAAGGAGUAUCCAGUGGUGUUCCAGGAAAGUUGAAACGUCUUCAGCGAAUGGUGGUCAGCUCUCAACCUAUAAAUGCGUGGGAGUGGAACCGCGACCACCUAGGUUUAGCCGUAGCUACGGCUUACGAUCAGUGCGUCAGAGUUCUUAUAACUACCAAACUUAAUUUGCAAUAGUUUUAGAUUUUAUU